CAGCCAACGGGAGUGUGGAGCUAGUGUUCAGAGCAGGGGCAGUGUGUGGAGCCCUGUGUGCUCUCCCUCUCCGGAGCUGGGCCUGCUGACAGCCACAUCUGGGGCACAGUGCAGCCUGUGGUGCCAGGACUGUCAGGGAGCUGCCUUAGCACCCCCAGUGGCCACCUUGCAGAAAUAAGACCCAGUGCCUAACAUUCUGCAAUCCAGUAUUGGGUCAUGAGCCCUAGUUUGAAACCUCCUGUUCUCAAUACUAACUUCUGGAAGUAGAAUAAUGGCUGUCCGACAGUGGAAACGUAAACAUCCAGGUUUUGGUUUGACCCUGUUUUGCACAGUGCUGACAUACAGUCUGUUCUUUGAUUGAGAGAGAGAGUGAGGAACUUUUCUCAACUUUCAUGCUCAUUAGAGUACCACGAGUGGUUUUUGUGGCCAUACAUAUGUAAGAUGCUAAAUAAGAUGGAGAUUGAUUUUCAGAAAGUUGAGGUUUGAUACGUGAGUGUAUUUGGCACACACAAUUAAUACAAGGGUGCCUCCAUGGCCUUUUAUGUCUGCCACUGCCAUAAUUCUGUGCCCAAAGAGAGAACGCUGCGUGUGUCCCUGCAAGCUAAACAGCACCAUUCCCAUCACUGAACGAGGACCGUUCUCACUGCCUCCAUUGUUUCACGGGGCUUGAUUGAUGAUUGAUUGGGGCUCCAUCGCUAGACCCUCAGGCAAACAGCUUCCUGUCUUACAUCCUCCUUUGAUUUCCUUGUUCAUGAUGAGAUGGAAUAGCCCCUCUUUAUUGUGUCAACUGCACUGGUGUGCAGGGAGUGGCUGAUAACCUCUUUUGGAACUAUACAUCAUCAUUAUUAAUUAUUACUAUGAUUAUUAUUUAUUGCACCAACAGUGUACUGGGCAGACCCACACAGGUUCAGAUCUGUCCUUCCACACAGGGCUGGCGAGAAGACUUCCCUAGGUCCUGGGCAAGGGGAGAGGCUUGUCUCCGGGAGGAGCAGGGCUAAGAUAGCCAGCCUCCAGUGCUACCCGGACUGCUCCGCACCUUCCCUAGCCAGCCCUAAGUGCUGCUGCAGCAUGCUGUGCAGGUGAUUAAAUCCGGCCGUGAUUUAAAGGACCUGGUGGUCCUGCCUCCAAGUAUACAUUAAAAAAGAAAACCUCUCUUCCUUAGAGAGACAAAAUGGAUGGGGUAGUAUCUUUUACUGGCCCCACUUCCACUGGUGAGAGAGACCAAGCUUUCGUGCCACACAGAGCUCUUCUUAUCUUUCCUUUAUUUAUUUUAAUCUAUACUGGCCACCUGCUUCAGUCCCACAACUCCAGCUCUGUACUAAGGCUCCUGACUUCGGGCCUGAUCCACCUCUCAUUGAUUUGUGAAGCCUGAUUUAUGUCACCUACUGUUCACCUUCCACAUCUUUCUGGUCCUCCUCCCCUGAAGAAUAUGUCUCUUUCCUCAAUGACAGCCUAAUCUGUUCUUGCUACCUAAAAGCCCUGUCCCUUUUUACAGAGUGUUUGCUGUCAAUGCUAUUCCUUGGGGCUCUUUCACUCUCUACCAAGACCAGGUGCUACCCUGCUGCCUUUUUGCUUUGUUUUCUCUCUGUGCACCACUUAAAUCCCACUCAAGCACUCUUCGGAGGGUUUACAAGUUGCACUGGCUUUGAUGCUGGACCUCUGACAAGGGAGAAUUUCAUUCUGCUAGAAGAACAGCUAUCCCCUACCACGGGAGACACAAUGCCUUUCUGGAUUCAAUUACUGCACUGCUUCAGGACCUCCGAUGCUCCCCACACUGCCCCAACAGGGUCCCUAAUAUUAACCCCAGUAUGUACCCAGAAAACACAGAAGUUAAUUUUUGCACUGAUUUUCAUCAGUUUGAAAUGUUAAUGAACAUGAUAAAUUCCCCAGGAAUUUUAAAGAAGAUAAAAACUGAAAGCAAAAGUCCUUGCUCAGGCUAUAGAAGUGAAAUACUGCAAACCCAAAAGAAGAAAGAUCCUGCUCACACCACCAAGGCAUAUGCCUGCAAAAGGAUGUAAAGGAGGAAGAUGCAGAGCAGCAGGAAGAGGUGAUACCAAGUGGAGAGACCAGAGGUGGAUUUGUGAGGAGGCUAACAUUAAGGGUCCCCGGAGUGAAGGAAAAUUUCUGAAAUGCAGAAAUGCUUGUUUGUAGCUGCAAAUGGGAAUUUGGAAUAACUCUGAAAAUCACACUGAAAUAAUUGUGUUUGACUGGAACAAAAUUCUUGCAAAGUCCCCAAGGAUGAGAUUCUGUGCCAAAUCAAUGCUUCUAUCUCACUGGCUCUUUCUGGUCUAUGUGUUAAUGGUGUGCUGUAAAUUGUUGUCCGCCUCUAGCCACCAUCCCCGAGGGCACGCAGGCCACCACCAAGUCAAGCAAGGGACGUGUGAGGUAGUCGCAGUGCAUCGCUGUUGCAAUAAGAACCGAAUUGAAGAACGGUCACAAACAGUCAAGUGUUCUUGCUUCCCGGGGCAGGUUGCUGGUACGACAAGGGCACAGCCGUCUUGCGUUGAAGCCUCCAUUGUCAUCCAGAAGUGGUGGUGUCACAUGGACCCUUGUUUGGAUGGAGAGGACUGUAAGGUGCUACCAGACUAUUCAGGUUGGUCUUGCAGCAGUGGAAAUAAAGUCAAAACCACGAAGACCAUUCCUUCAGUUUGUCAAGAAUCUCAUCUUCCAAAGUGCUUGCAAUCCCACCCAGCUGAUAUCACCUACAAACAUAAGUGUAACACGGUAGCAAAGGAUAAACUUGUGUCAUUACUGGAACAAUGGGAUUUGCAGCUGUGUUGCUCGUCUAUUUUGCAUAGUCCUGUUUUUUCCUCCCUGAGAAUGCUGUAGACUUUACACUCAGAACUUACAAAAUUAGUGAGCCGGACAAUAUUUCUGUAUCUGACUAUGAUGGAACUUCCUGGUGCAGGCAUUUUUCAUGCUGAACUACACACUUUUAAUUAAAAAAAAAAAAAAGAAUUACGACUCUACUGAAAAUACACUUUGGAUUCUCCAGGAUCCUACACCUGCAGGCAAUUCAUAGAAACAUGGACUUCGGCUUCUGAGCACAUCAGCUAUAUGACUUUAUUUAUUUACAGCACUGACGGCUGUGAAAUCAUUUGAAUGAUUUUUAGAUCUUUCAAGUAGCUUGGGGGAAAAUGGUUACAUUAGAAAGAACUGACAUAAAUUAAUUAGAAGGUACCAUCUAUCAUGUAGUACAAUGGACCAAUGUAAAGCUGGUCUAAAAGCCAAAUGAACCUAAGGGAUAAUGCUAGUAAACCACGUCUCAAUGCAUUUUCAGCUGUGAUUUAGUAAAUAUCGAUGCUCUAUGAAGGUGAAGAAAUGACUCUAGUAAAUCAGUAGCAUUUAGUGUAUGCCAUACUUUUUUACAAUCUGUGCAAUUAUAUUUAUUUCCUUAGUUCUAGGUAUUUUAAAUUUUACUUCAUAAGUGGCAGUGAGGGAAUGGGGGAAGAGACUAAAUCUGAAAGUAGAUAUAGAUUUUAUUGUCCUAAAUAAAUCUGUUCUCUAAGGGAAUAACAAAGUAUAAAUAUUCCUUGCCUCUUUGAUUCCAGAUACAGAAGAGAAUUUAGCCAUUAGCUAGAAAUAUUCAUUCUGAGGCUUCAAAACAAGAGAAGAAACUAGAACUGCAUAAGGAAGGCUUACUAGAAGAAGGGUAAUUUGUUUAGAUUUUCAUAGCUUCAGUUGUAUUCUAAUAGGGUAUCUCACUUAAAAUUCAUAAGUCCUAGAUAAAAAAGAUCUUCACUUUCAAUUAGUUCUAGUUUAUAGUGAUUAUAAUAAUUAAAUGUCCAGUUUCUUGACAGACUAAAUUUUCAAGCUGAUAUACUUUGUGACACAUAAUUGUUUCCUAUUAUUUUAGAUGUAUUUCAUUCUGUUUUUCUUACUUGCCUGUUGCACUUUUUUGGGUCAUCAGACUUCAUAAAUAGAACUGUAAAAGGAAGUGCAGUUGCCGCCAGUCAUUUCAUGGUUACAUCAUUUUAUGGCUUAAGAUGCAUUGGAAUAGAGGUAAAUGCAGUGAUGCCGACUGAUAUUAUGCCGAUGAACUGCUACUAACCCAGCUACUGAAUUCAUUGUUUUGCGUUAUGUAAAUAUUACGGUAAUAACAUACCACUGGUUUUUUAUCUAUCCAGCAAUGCCAAAAAAUUGAGACUGUUGCACUAAUUUAGUUCACUGUACACAAGCGUUCUAGUUUAUAAGGAAAAUACCAUCAACAAUGCGAGGCUGUUUAGAAUAAUAGUCAUUAGUUUGCUUUGCUGGCGUGAGUAUAAAUAUUCAUCCAGUCCCAAUCUCAUUGAAGUCAAUGGCAAAACUGCCUUUUGACUCCUGUGGGAGGAAGAGCAGGCCCUAUAUUCUCGUUUUGGUUUCUCACUUUAAUUAUGUACUUGAUCACCGCUGGGAUCAUGGUGGUUAUUGUAUUUGUUAAUAAGUAAAUGAGAAUUUUUCUGCUACGUGUUCUGAAAGCUGCAUAGUUAUUCCACUUAGUAGACUGUAUCCCUCUAAUGAACUCGACAUUUUAAUUUUUUUUCCAUUGUAAUUUAAGACUAAAUUUAAAGAAUUGCCUGAAGGAUUUAAACUUUUUAUGCGUGCAGUGAUAUAGUUUAAAGUGAAGAUUGUUAUUUUAUAUCAUAGUAGCCUGCACUUGAUUAUUAUUUAUCUAUUGUGGUAGGCACCGAACAUAUACAGAAUAAAACACUGUCCCUAUUUGAGAGAAUCUAUAAUCUAACUAAAGAAAGCAGACCAAAUCUGGGAGAAGGAAGUGGUGGUUAUCCCUGCUUUUUAAAAUAGGGACUGAAGCACAGAGGCUGGAGGGCUAGAUCCACAGUGGGACUGAAGCUAUAAUCACCACUAAGUCUGAUUUGGAACAAAGUCAAAUCCAGGUUUCCUACCUCCCAGAAGCUUACCCUAGCUAUGAGGCUGUUGGGUUGUCAGGGAUGGGUCUCCACUUGCUGGCCUCUGUGACUCCUUUUCUUAGGUACCUAACUUUCCCCAUGCAUUGUAUGGGGAGGCUGGGCAGCUGUGGAAUCCCUGGGCAGCAAGAUGGUGAAAGUAUGUCCACAUGGUGCGUGCCUGAUGAUGGCGUGUCAAGGAGGGGCACUGCAUUUCCAUGUAGAAUGGGUAUAAAGAGCAGUAUAGGA